AUGGCCACUGUUUUAGGCGGCAGCGUUCUCGGCCACGGCAUCAGCAACUACCUCUACGGCCAGUCUAAUCAGGCCCCUCAGCAGCCGGUGAAGACUGCCGCGCUGGUUGAAUCCUAG